AUAAAUAUGUGUAGCCGAUUUCAUGUCGAAACAGCUGUUAUUUAAAGAUUUAUAAUUUAUUUCGAUAAUCUAAGUGUGAAAUAUCUUGAAAAUCUUCAACGCUUCGACAAGACAAAGUAUCCGUGUUUGAAGUAAAUGGGUUCAUUCUAAUCUUUUUAAGCUAAGAGGAUAAUAGAAUUUAAAGCUCAUUCAUUAAUCAAGAUAUACAAUACAACAAGCAAUAUGAAUGUUUAUUGUCGCCGUGCAACAACCUUUUAAAACAAAAAAAUAAAUAAAUUAAAUAGUAGUAAAAUCGAUACUACGACACGAUAUUUAGUAUUGUUAUUACGGCUUUCUAUAACUUUUAUACGUGUGUCACAGUUUAUAAAUAAACCGCCCUGGUUUCUGUGUGUAAAAUUGAAAUCAUGACAAAUACACACACGUAACGUAUAUUUAAAGUUGGUUUAUGUUUAGUGUAUUUUUAAUAUUAUGGAGGAAAGUGUUGGUGUCGAUAAUAGACUAGGAUAUUGUGUAUUCAUUGUAACUUUAGUAUCGCUGCAUUGUAUUAAUAUACUCGUCGAACGUCGCGGCAAACCAAAAUCUGCACGUGCUAAUUUAGAUGCCUGGCGAUGGCGAAAUCUUGUUAUAUCUUGGAUUCAUGGUUUGGUUUGUGGAUGCUGGAGUAUAUUGAGUAUUUACAACCAUCCAGAGUUCGUGAACGACCCUGUAACAUUUAGCAGUCCUAUGGUGUUUUACAUGGUGGUAUUUUCAACAGGGUAUUUUCUGUAUGAUACUAUAGAUAUGGUGUAUAACAAAAAGUUACUAGAAUAUUGGGAGGUCACACUUCAUCAUAUAUUUGUAGUUCCUGGUUUUUGGUAUAAUUGGCAUCAUAAUAUUUGUAUAGGAUACAGCCUGACUGCUUUGACAGCAGAAAUAAACAGCUUCUUUUUACAUUCCCGGAAAUUGUUACAAAUACAAAAUGUCGGAUUUGACACCAUUCUUUACCGAACAUGUAGCUACGUUAACUUAAUUUCAUUUUUCUUAUGUAGAAUAAUACCAAUAGGAUUUAUUGUUUUUCAUCUUUUUGGUAGCCAUGGUGAUAUUCAUAGGAAACAGCUAUCUGUAGCUUAUGUAAAUUGCUUUAGUGUGAUUAUGGUUAUAGUAGCAGUUGUUAAUGUUGUAUUAUUUUGGAGGUUGUUAAAUACGGAUCUUAUUCGACCUUUUCUUAAAAGUAAACGUAAAGAACAAAUCAAAAUAAAUGGGAAUAACAACCAAACUAAAGAAGAAUAAUUUUAAGUGCCUGUUAUCUGUUGUUUGCUAAAGAUAUAUAUAUUUUAUACUUUCGUUUCCUUCAUAAUGAGCAUUAUUUUUUAUAACUCUGUUUUGAUUUCAUACAAUACUAGUAGUAUCAUGUUAUGCAUAUUGCUAACAACAUGUUUUUUAAGGUGGUACCCAACACUUUCCCUAAGAUUAAUUUGGCUCGUUUAAUUGUCAUAUUUUGGCAAAGUAUUUAAUUUGACCCAGUAACAAAAAUAUAAAAUUUUCAAAAAUUUUGAACCAGCCGUUUUGUCAGAAACAUUACACUGGUUAUAAAGCAGUUUGCCAAGCACCGAUUUUGAUCAUUGAGAAGCUUUUAAAAUAUUCCUUUUACAACACAACGUAAUUAAAACGUUUAGCUGACUUUACAGAGUUAUCUCCCUGUAGUGUUGGGUACCACCUUAAUGACAUAUGAAUGUAUUUUAUGUGAUCAUAAUUAUUUGAAAAUUGUUAGAUAUAAUAAAAUGGUAUGAUUUUAUUUUUUGAAAAUUUAAUAAAAAAACGUAGGAACAUUAUUGACAAAUUUGGUAUGUUAUUGUGAUAAAAAAAAACCUCCUGUAUUGUUGAAUUUUGAAGUGUCAUUCGUAUUUCAUUGCAUUAGAAAAAAGGGCAUCAAAUGUUAAAGGUUACAGUGUAAAGGUUAGUGAACAUGUUUCAUUCGAUAGAUAGGGCUGAGAUCCAAUACAAAAGUAUAUACAGAUUUGCCACUGCUUAUACUGGUUCCCGAUCGCAAUAUUAAGUAUGUUACACAUAUACCAUCGUGAGAGAGUAUGCUAAUAGCUAAUAUCUAGAACGUAGUCCCGGGAACCAGGAUAGAAACUGCUUUGCUUAGUCUUAAAAGUUAAUCAAAGGAAAGCAAAUUAGUUGAGUAAAUUUAUAUUUUUUUAGAUAAGUAUAUACAUAUAUUUUGUAAUAUUGCUUUGUUCAGAUGACAUAAAAACAUACACUAGAUGAAUAAAAUAGUCUAGAAAACUUAUAAUCUAAUCAACAGGUAAAUAUAUAUGUUUUAUAUUGAUUGUAUAGGUAUACAUGAUAUAUAGUUUAUCUUCAAAUUAUACAUUAUUGGCUUAAUAAAAAAUAGCUUUAACAAAAAUAUUCUAGCCUAAGGAAGAUCUACAACCAUACUACAGAAGAAUAGUUUUAAGUGCCUGAUACUGCUGUUAUUUCAAACAUGAAAUUUAUGCUUAUAUUUUUUUAUGAUUAGCUAUAGUUUUGUAUGAACAUGUUUUGAUAUCCUGCAAUAUUAUUUUUAACUCAUUGCUAAAAUAUUUUACAGUUAACGAUCUCCUGUAACUUUUGGAACUAAUCGUUCUAAUGGUGCUAUUUUUGUAGUUGACCGAGACUGUAGUUCCUUUAGAGUGUUUUAGAUAUAUUUCAUUUGACAUGUUUUGAGAGCAAAUCAAGGUUAUCCAAAUAAAUCUAUUUUGUUUAUCUACAUUCAUACAUAGGUUCGAUAUGAUGGAGAACUUGAUGUUAAAUGCAUAUUUCAGAUGUAGAACUGAUAUAUUUUGUCUAUUUUUUUUUGAUACAUACGUAUAUUUGCAUUUUAUGGGUAGUUACGUUUCAUAUAAUCAUCAGGCGUUACUUGCACAAUUAAGAACAUUCUAUCAUUUAUUAAUUAUUGCAUGCUCGAGUUCAUCAUUCUGAUCUGUUCUUUCUAUAAUAAAAAAAUGAUUAUUUGGGGUUUUACAAAUCAGAUAUAUAACUCAAAUUGAUCAUUUAACAAAGACGUGUACUAUAUUUAUACUAUGUUAGGCCGUCACCUAUAUUAGGUGCCGUAUAUUCUUUUAUGUCCAAGACCUCCAUGUGAAAUACAAUUUACUAGCAUGCCUGAAUUCUAUACUGUAAUGACAUAAAUGUAAGUCUUUUUAUUAGACGAUGUUCAAGUAUCACAUUCAUUUGUGUAAAUCAUUCAACAAAGAAUGACAUGUUUGACUUUUCGGAGCACAUGUGACCACCUCCAAUUAAUAAGAUAGUUUUUAGCCUUUAUAAAUUGCUUUUGUCAUAAUUUGCUUUUUUUAUUUAGAUCUCUAACAAGAAAAAAGAAAUCAAUAUUAAUCGAAAAUUUUAAUUUAAAUACUAACAGACAACACCAUGAAAACAAAUAAUAUGUCGAACAUUUUUCUAUUGGAAACAUUUUUAUUUUGAAAUUUCCUCAAAUAGCGUGACGUCAAAGUAAUUUUUGUUCAUAGACUGUCGUUUCUAAUCUUUCAGUAUAUUUUUUCGUUGUCUCAUUUUAAGUUAAUAUUGUGAGAUCAGACUAAAGCAUUUCAAUAUUGAAGAAAGGUUUGCAUUACCAUACUUUUACCUGAUCUAGUAUGUUUGGUCAAUGAAAACUAAACGAUACAUGAUCUUUUCGUUUUAUAAUCUUUAGUAAAUAGUGUUAUCUGUCCUUCUUCAACUUAAAGGUUUCGACGACCUGCUUGUUAUUUUCGAAGUGGUUUUGAUUUUUAAAUCUGAUACAAACCUUGUUAUGAGUAUUAUUGAUAAUUGAAUAUUUCUUAUGAAAUUAACUGUUUGUUAUAACAACAUGAAAGUUAGGAUAAAAAAGGCGUUGUCAGUUCUUUUCUUCUAUUUUGUUUAGAAUUUGAUAAAUGAAAAAGACGAUCAAGCUUGUGUUGACUUGCUGAUGUUUCGUGGUGUAUUCGUUACAUCCUUUUGUUACUAUGUAACUAAACAUUAUAUAAAGUCAGUAGAAAAUAUAUAUUGCUAGUUGUGAUUAUAGUUACCUCCCUUUUUUAUUUAUUUUUAUACUGCAUUUAUGUUUAUUUCUGAUGAUAGCACUACAUUUUGCAGCUUAUGAAAUAAUGUUUAUAUAAUGUCAUGAUUUCAGCAUUUUAAUAUGUCCCCAAAUUUUGUUAAUUGUAAUUUUUAAACAUAACAUGAACUAUCUGUGGUAAUAAUUGAAGUUGGAUGUAAUAUUCUUCCCAGAGUGCAACAUUGUGUUGACGGUUUGUAGGUAAGGUCCACAUAUUCUUAUCGUUAACAAUAUAUAUUUAGAUUGCUUAGUUCAUCAAUUGAAAACAAAAAAUAUAUCAAAUUUAUGACUUGGUUAAAAAUGUUUUAAGGAAUUUAUGUUUUUAAACAUCUGAAAUUCUGAAAAUUUUAGACUUUAUAGUUUUUUUUAUUCUAAAACUUUGACACUGGGUUUUCACGUGCAGCUUUUAUUAUUGUAAAUUGGAUAAUGUAUCAAAUAUAAUAUUUAUUUAAGGUAUGCUACGAUAAUUGAACUAUCUAAUAAAAUUUCAGCUUGUUAUGACUGAAUAAAUGUGCUAAAUUUAA